CAUGAUAAAUGUUAGUAGAGUUUUCAAAUUCAAUGUGACAUGUAUUAGAAUGGAGGGUAAAUGUUUACUCUUUAGGUUGAGAGAGAGAAAACUACUAGCAUAAGGAAAUUAGCAAUCCUUAAUACCACACAAAUAAUAUUGGACAUUAUUCUCUAUCCUCAAAAUCAUAUGAAUAAAAUUAACCACAAGUCAAUAUUGAUCAAAAAAAUAAAUCAAAUGUCUAACUGAGAAAUGUGUAUUGUUUAAAUCUAAUACUACACAAUUUUUUAUUGAAUGUUGGUUGUUCAGUUGAGAAAUAAAAAAUUACUUAGUUAGAUAUCAUACAUAUAUUAAGAGACCACAAAUAUAUUUGUGAAAAUGAAUUGUUAAAACAUAAAUUACUUAAAAUUUUAUAAUAGUCUAACCAUAAUAAAAAAAAUAUUUGAUUAAUUAGAUACCAUACGAAAUUUACCCGGCCAACGCGCCGGGCACAAAGCUAGUUUAAUAUAAAAGAAAUCUAACAAUAUCCAUUUUGACUACUUUUUAUUGUUUAGAAUUUUUAUUCAUAUUUUAUAUUAUAAGUCCUUUAAAGUCAUUUUACACAACCUCUUAUAUUAAAAAAUACUUCUAAUAGUUUUACAGCCAAACACUCAACUGCUUUUUUUUAAGUACUUAUCUAAAAGCUCAAACUAGAAGCUGCUUCUGCAAAAACUACACCAGAGCCAAACUAAACUGGUAUACUAAAUCAAUUACGUAGGGAAGAUUUUGGUGGAUUUGGACAUGAUACUCCCCUUCGAUAAGUUCAACUGUUCAAUGCCUUAGUCACGUACACGAGCUACAAUCCUUGUUGGUGUAGGUUGAAACGGUGAGUUUCAAGGCCACCGCGCGAAUGACAUUCCAUAACCAUGGCUGAGUUUACACAACUUAUGCUUGCUUACAGUAAAGUUUUGUUGUCGUCGUCAUUGCAGUACUAUUGUGACAACAGAGGUAUAAACCAUAACAUGUUGAGGAUAUUAAUUACUUAGUCAAAAAGUAAUUAAUUCCUUGUUCUACAAGUCCCUAGUUUUCCUUGUUCAAGUAAAAGAAGGAAACUUGGUUGUCCUUAGGGUUUUAACCCUACGUCUAUCUCUAUAUAAGCUUAGCUACGAACAUGUCGUAAGCAAGCCGUCAAGAUGUAGUCGUAUAAUAAAACAUCAGUCGUGAGCUCGUUCCGAGCUCACCGUGGAUUAGUCUCGAUCAAUCAAUCGAUCGAGGAUACCACGUAAAAUCUUGUGUUCCGUGUUAUUUUGUAUUUCCGCUUCAUCAAAUUCUUCAUGGUAUCAGAGCGAAACUCGAUCCUUGAUUAGGGUUUUGCGCUUCCGUCUGUUUGCGUCCUCACAUCAACAAUCAAGGGUUGUCCGUGUGGCGUUCCUGUUCCGGGCUGAACUCGUCUUCGUCCCCCGUCCAGGCUCAUCGCAGCUUGUAGCUUCUGUCUCCGGCGAGUUCAUCGCCCGUCAAAGACGGCGUUCUCCGCCGCAGGAAGUGCCAAGUCCUCAUCUCAUCGGAGAUGUCCGCUUCCGACGCCCGGUUCGUCAAGGGCAAGAAGAAGUCCAUGCUUAGCCAAUAGCUAGCACUCUGUUUCAGCUCCCCAUCCAGUCGCGGUCUCCACCAGCCUGAUCGUCACCUCAUUCUCCAGCGAUGCUCGCGAAUUCCAUAUCCGCCGCCGAGUCCGUCAAACGUCCCGGCGAAUAUAUGGUGUCUUCGUCAAAUCAUAGUCCUUUCCCAAAUCAUGGUAUAUUCAAGCAUCGUCGGCAUCUCCUGAAUUGCCGGCGAACCAAAGCUCAUCGCCUAGCCUCGCAUCGCCGGAAGAUCACUGGUCUGUCCAUUAAUCACCGUUGCUUCCACCCGGCUGGUGGCGCUACCACUCAGGGGGAGUGUUGUGAAGUCGGACCUCGUCGCACAGUCAACAGUGGCCUCCUCAUCACCGGCUUUCGUCAUCAUCUACCGUCGUCGCCCAUCAGUGCCUGCGGUAUCCUCACAGCCGCCGCCCAUGUCAGCGACCGCGGCGUCUUCCGUCGUUGCAAGCCAGUACCUGUCACUGCUGCAACUUCAUCGAAGGCUCGUCACCAGCUGACCCUUUGCUCACAACCUGUUGUUGACUUUCGUUUCUUUGUGAAGCUCAAAGUUCCGGCUACGUACAAUUCCAAUGUUUUGCAGAGAGAACGAGAGAUAUAGGAGUUGGUCAGAUCAAAGCAAUUACAUGGUCAACAAUGGAAUUGUUUUGCCUUGUCUUUGUGUUUGAAAUUGUGUGCCUUGUUCCAGUUGUCGUCAUUAGUCGGAAUAUCAAUCAAUGUCAUGGCAGUGAAGACACUAAUGGUCGUCCCUUCAAUAGUCAGUCAUGAUCAAGUGAUAAAGCGAGACAGUCACGAUCGCAAAAACGAUCGUCCCCUCGCUGUUCAUGAUCAGGUAAUUUUCAGUCUUCAUCAUUCUAACUUUCAAACUGGGCAUUCACUACGUUCAUGCUCCUGUUUGAGGGGGAGAAUAGGGAAUCAACACAUGUAGGUCGACUAGUUCAGUAAUCAAGUCGACCGUUUGUAUCUAUCAAUCAUGUUGCUCGGGGAAGCACAGUCAGCAGUGCAGGUAGAAGUCUCCAAAGUUAGCAACGCAGUCAUCAGUCUUCAAUCUCAUCCAAGACGUCAAGGAAUUCCGCCAUGCUGAGUUCAUUGUCAAAGAACUGGGUCAAGUAUGGAGUAGGAUCAGUCUCAUCCACGACGUCUAGGAGUUUCACCAUGCUGAGUUCACUGUCAAAGGAACUGGGUCAAGCAUGGAGUAGUUUCAUCAUUUGUCUACCCCUCCCGCAAGCGAACAAAGUCACAGCCAGUUGGAUUGUCAUUGCCAGCAAGAGGUUGUUUGAGUGUUGUUCAGUUUCAAGCUCGACAUUCUUGUCAUUCAUGUCUUCGCUUGAGGGGGAGUGUUGAGGAUAUUAAUUACUUAGUCAAAAAGUAAUUAAUUCCUUGUCCUACAAGUCCCUAGUUUUCCUUGUUCAAGUAAAAGAAGGAAACUUGGUUGUCCUUAGGGUUUUAACCCUACGUCUAUCUCUAUAUAAGCUUAGCUACGAACAUGUCGUAAGCAAGCCGUCAAGAUGUAGUCGUAUAAUAAAACAUCAGUCGUGAGCUCGUUCCGAGCUCACCGUGGAUUAGUCUCGAUCAAUCAAUCGAUCGAGGAUACCACGUAAAAUCUUGUGUUCCGUGUUAUUUCGCAUUUCCGCUUCAUCAAAUUCUUCACACCAUGAAAAUAGAAAACAGAAAUACAUUUAGUUGGUAAUUCUGAGAAAUAAUGGAAGCUAUAACAAUUUUCUAUGUUACUUACUUCGUUAGGCUAUGUUGAGUAUUAAUAUUGAGGCUAAGACAAAGAUAGGAAAGUAAAUGGGAGGAAUAUGACAAGUUAUGAGAAAAUUGAGAGAGAGAAAGAUAUAAAAAUAAUAUUGGUAAUAGGUUUUGGGUUUUGAGUUAUGCGAAAAAUAGAGAUGAAAAAAUAUGUACAAAAAUGAGUUUGUUGAAAUUUGAUGUAAACUCUAUCGAUUUGUGAAUGAAAUUAUUACAACAACUUAAUAAGUUUCCACAAGAAACGACUUUUUAAAACAAUACAGAAGCUAUUUGAAAUUGUUUUACUACUUUCGGCUAAAUUAACUCGUGUAGCCAACUCGUGUGACUAGAACAAUAGAAGAAAAUAUAGUUUUGUGUGUUUGCAAUGAAAACGAAAGUAAAAAAAAUUGAUAUUAAGUAGGACGUUGUUAGUAAAUGAUAUAUAAUUCAUAAUUGAACCUCUUCCAACAAUUCGAAGUAUUGGGAUCAAGUAAUUCUUGACAUGAUAUUAAAAUCGUGUGUGAUCAAAAUGUCUCAUGUUCGAAUCUUAUUGAUCGUCUUCUAUUUUGUUGUUCACAUGGUGUAAUGUCGAGACCACAUCCCCAAAGCGAAUGGGGAAAGGCCAAGGUGGAGUGCAACUAUGUUAUGUCCAAUCUCCACGCCCGAAAGUGAAGAGGAAAAGUGAGGCAGCAGGCUAGUCUAAGCUGGCGUGUACAUCAAGUCUGGAUACUGGAAGAAGGUAGAAGACAAACAAGACAUGCACUCUAGCUUCCACUAUCGUAUCCUAGGUGGGAAAGGAAUUUGGGUUUGGUGAGCUGGUCGCCAUAUUUGUAGGGUUGGGCAGCUUGCAAAUAAUCUGAUCACACGUAC